AUCACCAUAUAUGGUAAUAUAUCGCUUUCGUAAAAAGGUACAAAGAAGAGGAAGACCGGUUAAUAAAACUAAUGUGAAAUAUAAAGUCUUCCCAGUCAAUUGUUGUGACAGUUAUAGAAAGGUUGUUACAAGGUAAAGAAUAAAUCUGAAAUGGACGAUGAAGAUGUAGCAGCUUUGGUAAUUGACAAUGGAUCAGGAAUGUGUAAAGCUGGAUUUGCAGGAGAUGAUGCUCCAAGAGCUGUUUUUCCAUCAAUUGUUGGAAGACCCAGACAUCAGGGUGUAAUGGUUGGUAUGGGACAAAAAGACAGUUACGUCGGAGACGAAGCCCAAAGCAAAAGAGGAAUCCUUACACUGAAAUACCCUAUUGAACAUGGAAUUGUCACAAACUGGGAUGAUAUGGAGAAAAUCUGGCAUCACACCUUCUACAACGAACUUCGUGUUGCACCAGAAGAACACCCCGUUUUACUGACAGAAGCUCCACUCAACCCUAAAGCCAACAGAGAAAAAAUGACCCAGAUCAUGUUUGAAACGUUCAACUCCCCAGCUAUGUACGUUGCUAUUCAGGCCGUUUUGUCUUUAUAUGCUUCUGGUCGUACAACUGGUAUUGUGUUGGAUUCUGGUGAUGGUGUAUCCCACACUGUACCCAUCUACGAAGGUUAUGCCCUUCCUCAUGCUAUUAUGAGGUUAGAUCUUGCCGGACGGGACCUCACAGACUAUCUGAUGAAAAUUCUAACAGAACGUGGAUAUUCUUUCACGACAACAGCCGAAAGAGAAAUCGUAAGAGACAUUAAAGAAAAAUUGUGCUAUGUAGCAUUAGACUUCGAGCAAGAAAUGCAAACAGCUGCAUCAUCAUCAUCAUUAGAGAAAAGUUAUGAAUUACCUGACGGACAGGUUAUUACAAUCGGAAAUGAAAGAUUCAGAUGUCCAGAGGCCAUGUUACAACCCUCCUUUUUGGGCAUGGAAUCCUCAGGUUUACAUGAAACAACUUACAACAGUAUCAUGAAGUGUGAUGUUGAUAUCCCUAUGUACGUUGCUAUUCAAGCCGUUUUGUCUUUAUACGCUUCUGGUCGUACAACUGGUAUUGUGAUGGACUCUGGUGAUGGUGUAUCCCACACUGUACCCAUCUACGAGGGUUAUGCCCUUCCUCAUGCUAUUAUGAGGUUGGAUCUUGCCGGACGUGACCUUACAGACUAUUUGAUGAAAAUACUGACUGAACGUGGAUAUUCUUUCACAACCACAGCCGAAAGAGAAAUCGUUAGAGACAUUAAAGAAAAAUUGUGCUAUGUAGCAUUAGACUUUGAACAAGAAAUGUCCACAGCUGCAUCAUCAUCAUCAUUAGAGAAAAGCUACGAAUUACCUGACGGACAAGUUAUCACAAUCGGCAAUGAAAGAUUCAGGUGUCCAGAGGCCAUGUUUCAACCAUCUUUCUUAGGAAUGGAAUCAUCAGGUAUCCAUGAAACAACAUUCAACAGUAUCAUGAAAUGUGAUGUCGAUAUUCGUAAAGACUUGUAUGCUAAUACCGUAUUAUCUGGUGGUUCAACCAUGUAUCCAGGUAUUGCUGACCGUAUGCAGAAAGAAAUAACAGCGCUUGCUCCACCAACAAUGAAAAUCAAGAUAAUUGCUCCACCAGAAAGGAAAUAUUCCGUAUGGAUUGGUGGUUCCAUCUUGGCAUCACUUUCCACCUUUCAACAGAUGUGGAUCAGCAAACAGGAAUACGACGAGGCAGGUCCAUCCAUCGUUCACAGAAAAUGCUUUUAAACGUCAACAAAUCGUUCUCCAAACUAAGUUUUAUUGUGUCAAUAUGUUGUGCCGAAGACAGCAUAUUCUUGAGUCAAGGUUUAAAUGCUUCACUGUGAUUAUCUUUAAUUUUUGUAAAGAUCCAUGAUUACGCAGAAACCAAAACCCGAUGCUUAAUCCAAAUCAUUUAUACUGCUUUAAUGUUCGUUCUUGAACACAAAUAAAACUGUUGAAUUGCA